GAUUCAGUGGAGGAGGAAUACCUUUUGCUAUUCUGUCUUUCUCAUUCUCUCAUUCCUCCCUGCCCUGUGUUAUUCUUCCCUUUCUUCCUCUUGUCUUUCAACCCUCUCUCAGUGUUGAGGAAGGACCAUGCAUCUGAGCUCUGACAGCUGUGACUCCCAGUGUUCAGACAAAUCUGUGUGUUAGGAGAGGCCUGGCCCGCCUCACUCUCCCGACUCAACGGGCAGCACCGGCACACGCACAGCACCAUGGGUAGCUCCCCCGAGGUGCUCUCCUGGACCUCCUGCCCUGGCCUGCUGGUGGGCAAGCUGAAGGAGGAGCUCAAAAUGACCGUGGUCGGGGAUGCCAUGAAGAAGAGCCCCAGCAGCGCAGGCCCCACGCCGCCCCAGCCUCCGCCCUCCCCUCCGCCUCCUCCUGUCAUCACAGACCUGGCCCCGCCCACACACCUGCCGGUGCCCCUCCAGAUGUUGGCGCCCCCGGGGGCGGAGGAGGAGGCUGGGCUUGGGGGCCCCAGCCCCCCCAUCACGGCCCUUAGCGAGGACUCGACACGGGAGGGCCACUUUGACAACAGCGUGCUGCAGCUCCAGGAGCACGACCAUGACCAGGAGGAGGCUCAGUCCCCCCACUCCUGCGGCCACGGAGGGUGUGUCAGCGGCGGGGAGGAGGGGACCGGGGAGGGGGGGUACCCCAUGGACCAUAGCGGAGGGGGCACGCAUAACCACCCCCACCCUGACGACAUCAAGCUGCACUUCCAGAGAGCUGGCUCUGGCGGAGGGGGCUUCCUGGAAGGGUUGUUCGGCUGCCUGAGGCCGGUCUGGAACAUAAUUGGGAAGACCUACUCCACAGAGUACAAGCUACAGCAGCAAGACAUGUGGGAGGUGCCGUUUGAGGAGAUCUCAGAGCUGAAGUGGCUGGGCAGUGGGGCACAGGGGGCCGUCUUCCUGGGGAAGUACCACUCAGAGGAGCUGGCCAUCAAGAAGGUCCGCGAGCAGAAGGAGACCGACAUCAAGCACCUCCGCAAGCUCAAGCACCCCAACAUCAUCGGCUUCAAGGGGGUGUGCACCCAGGCCCCAUGCUUCUGCAUCCUGAUGGAGUACUGUGCCCAGGGCCAGCUGUACGAGGUGCUGCGCGCCGGCCGCAAGGUCACCCCCUCCCUCCUGGUGGACUGGGCGUCUGGCAUCGCCAGCGGCAUGAACUACCUGCACCUCCACAAGAUCAUCCACAGGGACCUCAAGUCCCCAAACGUGUUGGUCACUCACAAUGACACUGUGAAAAUCUCUGACUUUGGCACCUCCAAAGAGCUCAGUGACAAGAGUACCAAGAUGUCCUUUGCCGGUACGGUGGCCUGGAUGGCCCCCGAGGUGAUCCGGAACGAGCCAGUGUCUGAAAAAGUGGACAUCUGGUCAUUUGGCGUGGUGCUUUGGGAGUUGCUGACAGGAGAGAUCCCGUACAAGGAUGUGGACUCGUCUGCCAUCAUCUGGGGCGUGGGCAGUAACAGCCUACACCUCCCUGUGCCUUCUACCUGCCCCGACGGCUUCAAGCUGCUCAUGAAGCAGACAUGGCAGGGUAAGCCCAGGAACAGGCCGUCCUUCAGGCAAAUCCUCCUCCACCUCGACAUUGCCUCUGCAGACAUACUGGGAGCCCCUCAGGAGACCUACUUCAAGUCCCAGGCGGAGUGGAGGGAGGAGGUGAAGAAGCACUUUGAGAAGAUAAAGAGUGAAGGGACCUGCAUCCACCGCCUGGAUGAGGAGCUGAUCCGACGCAGGAGGGAUGAACUCAGACAUGCGCUGGACAUCCGGGAACACUAUGAGCGGAAGCUGGAGAGAGCCAACAACCUGUACAUGGAGCUGAGCGCCAUCAUGCUGCAGCUGGAGGUCCGAGAGAAGGAGCUCAUGAAAAGGGAGCAGGUGGUGGAGAAGAAGUACCCGGGGAACUACAAGCGCCACCUGGUCCGGCCCAUCGUCAGGCCGAACGCAGUGGAGAAGCUCAUCAAGAAGAAGAGCAGCUUGACUCACAAGGCCGGGACGAUGCCCGCUAAGAGGCCUGACCUGCUUCGUUCCGAUGGCAUCCCCAGCAUGGAGGUCCUCCCCUCCCCCCUCUCCGGCAGCCCCAAGGUCUCCACACCUCCAGGGAAGACCCGCUACCGCAGCAAGCCACGGCACCGCCGUGCCAACAGCAAGGGAAGCCACAACGACUUCCCCGGUGCGCUGAAGUCCAGUGCGGGGCCAUGCGAGGAGCAGCAGCCCCUCCAACUCCACCAGCACCACCACCCCCUGCCACCAGAGUGCCCUCUGCUGCCCCUCCAGGCCCGCCAGAACGCUGUGGCGACCUGUGCCAACAACCUGCGCUACUUCGGGCCAGCCGCCGCCCUCCGCAGCCCGCAGACCGACCACCUGCAACGCCGCGUCUCCGGGUCUGGCCCGGACCUCAUCCCCACGGACUCCCGCCAGUGGACUGCAUCCUCUAUUUCGGGUGCUAGCUCCGGGCUGGCUCCGGGUUCCAGUGCCGGGGCCGUGUGCCCUUGCUGCAUGGCGCACCCCUUCCCAGGCUGCCUGCAGUGCCAGAAGACCCUCCUGGCACCCAGCCACCCCCAGCAGCCCCAGUACUCGCUGCUCAGCACCUGUGAGGCCACGCCGCCCGCCACGCCCCGGGCCCCAGACCCAGACGAGGCCCAGGAGAAGGCCCAACCUAAGAGGCAGGAGGCGCCUCGCCUCAUCCUGCCCUCUGGCCUGCCUCGCACACUCAGACCCCUCAGGAAGGGUGCUGACGAGUCGUCUGAAGAAGAGGAGGGGGAGGUGGACAGUGAGGUGGAGUUUCCAAGGAGACAGAGGCCCCACCGCUGCAUGAGCAGCUUCCAGUCCUACUCAACCUUCAGCUCGGAGAACCUGUCGGUGUCGGACGGCGAGGAGGGCAACACCAGCGACCACUCCCACAGCGGGCCGCUGGAGUGCCUGAGCGCAAGCCAGGAGGAGCACCUGGACGAGCUGCUGUCCCACACUCCUGACAUCCCCAUCGACAUCUCCACCCAGUCCGACGGCCUGUCCGACAAGGAGUGUGCCGUGCGCCGGGUCAAGACCCAGAUCUCCCUGGGGAAGCUCUGCUCAGAUGAGCACAGUUAUGAGAACCCCCUGCAGUUCGGGGACUCGGACUGUGACUCUUCAGAGGCAGAGUGUUCUGACGCCACCAUCAGGAACAACAAGCCCGGCGCCCCCUCCUCCUGGUGAACCAUGCCCCCUCGUUGACCAGGUUCCACCCCCUCUGCCUGGAGACCCCGCCCCUCCACCCUGCAGGAACAACGGCAAUAAAAGGACCCCACUGUAAAGACAACUCGCCGUCAUCUCCCAUAGCAACGCCCCUGCAAUAGCUCCCAGCCGUCCCCCUCCCUCUUCCCAGUAUCUAGGCAACCUAAGGCAGGGAUCCCAUUUGAAUGAUACUGUACAGUAACUAGUGUAACAUUCAUAAUUUAUUUUUGUCUGAGUUUGAGGGAAAAUCAGGAACUUUUAAGACUUUAAGAUGAACAAAAAAAACAACAACUAUAAAAACAACACAAACACACACACACACACCCACUGUGUUAGUGAGACUGGUGGUGGAGGAGUCCAGAACGAUGGAGGACCGCUACAGGACAGCAGGACCUGGUUGCUGGUCUACGUAGGUAGAUGGCCUAACUGUGCCAGACCAGACACAGAAUACCCCCCCCCCUCUGGCCACCAACCAGCCCUGUUUUUCUCAGACUAGUAUGCUGUCCUGCCUGCUUUAUUGUAAGUUUACAGAACAAACCAACACUCCUGGCAAACUCCCAAGACAGGGAUAAACAGGGGAAAAAAUACAGUGUGAACAACACCAGCAUGAAUACCCCCCCGACCCCCUCACCUCUUCCUCGCUCUCCCCCUAACAAGUCUGAUGCUCCAUGGAGCCCCCUGCUGUCUCAUCUCAGCAUGGCCCUAAAUGGCUCGCAACCAACUAAGGACCUAUGUGUGUGAGUCAAGAGGAUGAUGGGCGAGCAGACAGACAGAUAUUCCAGAGAGCAGGCAGGAGCUGGAAGAGGUACUUACUCCAGCACCAGUCCGGCCGUUAAAGAAGGGAGGAAGGCCAGGAAGGAGGUCACCUCUCCUUCCCCAGUCCCUAGUCCCCUGACCCUGCUCCCUCCUCUGUCAAGACAAGCCUUCUCUACUCACAUCAUCACCAGUCAGAGAUUGUACCGAGUAUCCAGUAUCAGUGUUUUAUGAACAUGCCCCGCAGACUGUGCAGGCAUGCCAGUAUGUCUCCCCUCAGGAUGCCCUCAGAGAGAGCAGUGUUGACUGGUGAGGGUGUGUUUGCGUGUGUAUGUUUCGGGUAUGUAUUACAGAUAAGCCUUGUUCUUCAACACCUGUUAGUAUCAUGGUGGGAGUGCUGGUUGGAGAGAUGCUGUGUUAUGUAGUUAGUGUUAGGGUGCAGUAUCCCUUCUUGACCAUGUGACUCGGCAGGUUUACGUGUGAGGAGUGUGUGGUAGGUUUCUAGAUUAGCCGCGAGGUGAAACCAUAGCAAAGAUAAGUGCUAGCUACCUGGAUGCUGUGUUGUACUGAAUGAAACAGCAAUAAUGUAGGCUCUCUCUCAGGACCAGGUCUGUCCAGCAGGCUGGCCAGCCAUGCUGACAGGGUGCAAGGAAAAGUUCGUGACAAACAAGUUUUAGAUACCUAUAUUUUUACAGCAGUUUCGUAGUUGUAAACAGCUACGUUUUGGUCAGGUAUUUGCCUUUGCUGGUGUGAUGCUCAGGUUUUAGUUUGAAGAUAGAGAAUAGGAGCAAAGGCAUUGUCCACUAGAUGGAGAUAGCUGGCAGGGAUUUAUUUUGCCUUGUGUUAUGUAAUGUAGUGCUGGCUUAAUUCCUUUUGAUAUUAAAAGGCCAGUUGUCGGAUAUCAUAAUUUUCAUUCUAUACUAAGUUCCUCCCAGUGAUCCUUCUAGAACUUCUGUUCCAUCCACUUUAGAAAAGGGAUACUGCAUCUUGGGUAACUAUGAACACGUUAAAUAUUUAUCACAUGACCCUGUGUUCUAACAUUUGUUUGUGCAUAUGUGUGUGUUCUAGGAUAGCCAGUCAGGGUUGAAGUUCACGUGAUUUAAGUCGAGUAUCUUCUUAACCCUCGUGCUGCCUUCGGGUCACAUGACCCAAAGGUUCAUAAUGAACCAUCAUUGUGUUUACCCAAUUUUACCCAAUACAAAAACAAAUAAAAAUAAUUUUCUUUUAACCUUUGCAAUGUGGGGGGUCUGAGACAGCCCAACGGUUAAAAGAAAAUGCUUCACUUUGUUUUUGUAUGCGGUAAAGUUGUCGCAAUACGACGGUGGGUCACAAUGACUGAUGGGUCAGAAUGACCCGAAGAUAACACAAGGGUUAAAUCAAAUGUACUGCAGGGUUGUAAUUUUACAGGGAGGAAUGCAAGCCAGGGCUCAGGUCUGGGACCACAGAGGUAACCUCCCUGGUCUCUAAGAUCUCAAUGUCACCUUCUCUUCUGAGUAUAAACCAUCGUUUAACCUUGUAUGACCUGUCCGAUCCGGUGUCAUGUGACCAGGUCAGAGCUACCGGCCGUCACAUAUCCAAUGACCAGGGGGGGGGGGGAAUAGACAGGAAGUGAUGUCAUUGUCAGAACUGGUUCAUUGUGAUGAACCAGUCGACCCUGUUCCCACCCUCACUGUUUCCCCCUACAAUAAUUAAUCUCUGUUGUAAUUACUGGGUCAAAGAACAAGUGGUGGAGAGUGAAUAACCAUGUCUAUAUGGCAUGCAUCCUGUGAAGUAUGAUUGUUUAAUAAUUUAAAUUAGCUAAUUUAAUUACAUUUUCGAUCUCUUAAUUUUUUUCUUUGUAGCUGGCCUACAUGAUUAUUGAAUUAAUUUAUUAUGAAUGACCUGGCAAGUUUAUAGUUAACUUCAUUUUUAGGAACAAUUUAGAAUCAUUUGUCUAGUUUAGAUUUUCUCUUGAUCUGUAUUAUUGCAAGAAAGCACAACUAACAGGUGUGAGAUGGAACACUUUGAUCAUUUGGGAUACUUGAUGUUUGAUUGUUUGCAUUCCAUAUAAUUUGUUGUCAUUUAUUACUACAUGAACAUGACAUUGUCUGAAUAUCUAAAUAUCUUCCUGAUCAUCUGUGAGUCUAUGUACAGCAUGGUCGCCUGUUUAUGUUCGUCUGAAGGUGGACAAAUGUAGUUAUUCCUCCUCUUUCUGAACCCUGUAUGUAGUCCACAUGUCCAGGGUCAAACUUGUUCCACAGUGAACCUGAAUAUGCUUUGCUGCCCCAGACAGGUAAAUAAUAUCUGGGUCAGACUUUGGGUUAACAGACCAUUCCUCUGUACACCUCAAACUCCACUGCAGGGUAUAAGGUUCAUGGAGACAUUAAAACAUUGAAGGCAUGAUCGAGCUGACUUCCUACAGUUCACUAACUCAGUGGUCUCUCUUUCUCUCUACUUGUAGCUGAGAUUCUGUGCCAGAGUCUGUGUUAGACAUAAUUCACCUCAUGUACCUGACAUCUGUUUCUUGGUUUCUCUCAUGUCCUCUCCUCUCAAAUGGCAUUAUGACCAACCAAUCCUGAAAAGUUCCUGUAUUAGUCAGUGUACAGUGCAUUAGGUACCAGGGAGAAAUAAAAUCAAAGCAAACUAUCGCAUGGAAUAAACUCUGAGGUACUGU